CCAGUUUGUUGUCGGCCUUGACAUUUUCGCAGAAACUGACGGUCUCACAAGAGUUGGAGGAUCCUUUGUGGCUCGAUGAUAGCACUCACCUGGAGGGCAGGUUUCGAGACGAUCCUACAUUAUGAAAGAAGCAAACAAGAGAAGUAGUGAGUUUGAGUUGUCUCAACAUGAUUAUUUUUAUCUACAUCGCGAUUGUCAUGAUAAAUCUAAGUACUUCAUCUAACAACUAUACUACAACAAAACACUUGUUUAUCUACAUCUCCAUGACUGAACAACGAACUACUACGACCAGCAUGAAAUAGCAAAAAAGAAGAAAUUGAAUCACGCUUAUUCUAACCCCAGCAGAGCGUAAGAGUGAGCGACGUAGUGCACAGAAGGCAGCGGCGAUCGCGCGAGAGCAGAGACUUGCUGAGUUGGAGAGGCUUCGAACAGACGGGCUUUUAGCCCAAGACCAGUUAACAGCUGAAGACAG